UAGUACAAUGUCCUCCCUAUUUCUUGAAGAUCUCCCUCGGUUUUUUUAUUAAAUAUUUUAUAGAUUUGAACUUAGUUUCGGUAAUAAUCUUUUGAGUGUUUGUUCGAGGUAUGCUUCGGUAUAGUGCCAAAAUCAAAAAAACUGCAACCGUCUUAUCCUGGAAGAAAUUACUUUGUACCCGGUGGUGCAUUACUGAUACGGGGACGUAUAUUUUCUUCAGGGCAAGCAGUAAUUCUGGGAUUCUGUUAAAUUAACGAUUUCAAUUGGACUGAGAAUUGUUACGGUACAAUUCACGUUCAAAGAUUUUAACAUUUAAAAGCAAAUCGUAUCCAUCCACGUGGCGCAAUCAUAGGAUGACGGUUGAACACAUCAUCAGAGCUUCCCUCUCCCCCCUAUCCGUUAAGCUUUACCCAGAGAAAAGUCAUUGCUGAACACCACCCCUCAUCACACCCCGCCCCCUUGCAGUUUCUUCCCUCCAGUUCGUGCAGUUCACCCCACUGCAUUACGGCACUCGCACCUAUAAAAUCAUCUCGAACUCCACUCUCUGACGAAAGUUUCUUGAAAAACACACACAGAAACCGCUAUACUGUUGUGUGCACAAGUACGGAGGAAAGAUGGGGAGUCUGGCAGCAAGAAACUUGGCCGCAAUGGCGGUCUCUAUCUAUCCCACCAUGAGUUCUUCAAGGAAAAAGAGGCUGAGAAGCGAAAUGGGUUUUCCUGUAAACCCACAUACUUCGUGUACAACGACUGGUUUUCGCGUGCGGUGCGGUGGCGCGAGUGCUGGGAGCGAGAGCUGUUUGGCUUUGCCUUUGAAGGAAGAUUUUGCUGAUGAGGAAGAUUACGUGAAGGCUGGUGGGUCUGAGCUUUUGUUCGUUCAAAUGCAGCAGAACAAGCACAUGGAUCAGCAGUCUAAGCUUUCGGAUAAGUUGCCAAGAAUAUUAACUGGAGAUAAUAUACUGGAUUUGGUGGUAAUUGGUUGCGGACCUGCUGGGCUAGCUCUUGCGGCUGAGUCAGCUAAGCUAGGUUUAAGUGUUGGGCUUAUCGGCCCUGAUCUUCCUUUCACAAAUAACUAUGGUGUGUGGGAGGAUGAAUUCAAAGAUCUAGGGCUUGAACGUUGCAUUGAGCAUGUGUGGCGGGAUACAAUUGUAUAUCUAGAUGACAAUGACCCUAUUUUUAUUGGUCGUGCGUAUGGACGUGUUAGUCGUCAUUUGCUCCAUGAAGAGUUACUGAAAAGGUGUGUCGAGUCAGGUGUAUCAUAUCUUAGCACGAAAGUGGAAAGGAUUAUUGAAGCUUCAAGCGGCCAUAGACUUGUAGAAUGUGAAGGCAAUAUUGUGAUUCCCUGCAGGCUCGCCACUGUCGCAUCCGGGGCAGCCUCGGGGAAACUCUUGGAAUACGAGGUUGGGGGUCCAAGGGUUUCUGUCCAGACAGCCUAUGGAGUCGAGGUUGAGGUGGAAAACAAUCCCUACGACCCUGGCCUGAUGGUUUUCAUGGAUUACAGAGACUACGUAAAGCAAAAAGUUAAUUGCCUAGAAGCCCAGUAUCCGACGUUUCUUUAUGCAAUGCCUAUGUCCCCGACAAGAGUUUUCUUUGAGGAAACGUGUUUAGCAUCUAAAGAUGCGAUGCCUUUUGAACUGUUAAAAAAGAAACUGAUGUCAAGACUGGAGACUAUGGGUGUCCGCAUUACAAGAACUUAUGAAGAGGAGUGGUCUUAUAUUCCGGUUGGUGGUUCUUUGCCAAACACUGAGCAGAAGAACCUCGCCUUUGGCGCUGCUGCUAGCAUGGUCCAUCCAGCCACAGGUUACUCGGUUGUUAGAUCGCUAUCAGAGGCUCCUAAAUACGCAUCAGUUAUUGCAAAUAUUUUGAAGCAAUCCCAUGUGAAAAACAUGCUAGCCAGCACAAGGAUUUCACAGAAUAUCUCAAUGCAAGCCUGGAAUGCCCUAUGGCCGAUGGAGAGGAAACGACAACGAGCUUUUUUCCUCUUUGGAUUAGCACUCAUAUUGCAGCUGGAUAUUGAGGGCAUUAGAACAUUCUUCCAGUCAUUCUUCCGCUUGCCAAAAUGGAUGUCGCAGGGAUUCCUGGGAUCGACUCUAUCCUCCGCGGACCUGCUAUUGUUCGCCUUCUACAUGUUUGUUAUAGCACCCAAUGACAUGAGAAAGAGCCUCAUCAACCAUCUGAUAUCUGAUCCUACAGGCGCAAUCAUGGUAAAGACAUAUCUUAUGUUGUAGAUUCACGUCCUCUUAGUGGAGAUUCCCACAUGAUCUUCUUUCUGAUUGCACUACAUCUCCACCUUAUCAUCAUGUAUAUAACUUCAAUAAAUGAUACACUAUUUAUAGAUAUAAUAGUAUCUUCUUCGCCCCCCACCA